ACAAUCUCCUUGUUGCUUGAGCAUUGCAUUAACCUCUUCGGCUGCCAAACCAGAGAGAGAGAGAGAGAGAUUUAUCGUACUUUUUUUUAGCGGUCGAUUUUUUUUUUUGUUGUUCUGGGGGCUACAAGGGCGAAGCUUGUUUGCUUCUCUGUGGAUAUUCUUCUCUCUUUCACCGGCGAAAACUCCGGCGGCUCUCCGAUCUUCUCUCCGUCAUAAUCAUCUCCCCCUCGGCGCUUUUUAUUUAAUUCUGAAGGAACGUUGAAGUUCGGUUGUGGUGGUCGAGUAAUGUGAUCUGGUCCACAAGGGUUCCGAGCUUGUUUGGCUGCUGAAGACAGUUUUUUUCUUUUCCGAGAAAAUAAGGAGGAGAGAUGAAGGGAGAUAGAGACGAGGUUUACAUGGCAGCCCAGGUACAGAGGCCUGCGGUUUCAUCUCGAGGAGAAACCAAUGGGCAGCCUCAGAUGAUGAGGGGAGCAGUAGGAAAUAUGGGAAGGCUAACUACAAGUGAUGCUCUCUCGUAUCUCAAAGCUGUGAAGGACAAGUUUCAAGACAAGAAAGAGAAAUAUGACACCUUUCUCGAAGUCAUGAAGGAUUUCAAAGCACAGAGGAUUGAUACUAAUGGUGUUAUAGCAAGAGUGAAGGAUUUGUUCAAGGAUUAUCAUGAACUACUUUUAGGUUUUAAUACCUUCUUGCCCAUGGGGUAUGAAAUUACCCUUCCACUUGAUGAAGAACGGCGUAAGAAACCAGCGGAUUUUGGAGAAGCUAUUAAUUUUGUUACCAAGAUUAAGGCAAGGUUCCAAGAUGAUGACCGUUCAUACAAAUCAUUUCUAGACAUCUUGAACAUGUAUAGAAAGGAAAGCAAGUCCAUCUCUGAGGUCUAUCAAGAGGUUACUUUGUUAUUCCAGGACCAUGAAGAUCUGCUUGAGGAGUUUGCUUAUUUUUUGCCUGAUUCUUCAGGAUCUACUGCUUCGUAUUUUCCUCUUUCUGGAAGGAAUGCAGCAUCACGUGAUAGGAGUUCAGCGAUGCCCCCCAUGCAUCAAAAGCUUUCUGAAAAGAAAACUAGACCACUAUGUAAGGCUGAGGAUUGUUCAGAACCCUCUGAUCAAGGAGAAGCGGGUGACGAGAACAUUGUGGCAUGCUCGGGGAAUUCUCUGGGAAAAUCAAUUGUUAAUGAAGGACAAUGGUCUAGGUGUUUAAAGAUAGAGGAAAACGGAUGGAUUCGAGAACCUGGAAAUAAUGGGGAUCAACAAAGAGAUCUUGACAAUGAUAGAACUGAGAGAAGUGCAGCUUCUGGAAGUAAAGAUAUCGCAAGUCACAAAAUUCCAUUGUUGACUAGCAAGCAUGUGGCAAAACCAAUCAAUGAACUUGAUCUCUCCGACUGUGCACAAUGUACUCCCAGUUAUAGGUUCUUGCCAGAUAAUUAUCCCAUCCAGAUUCCAAGCCACAGAAAUGAAAUUGGCGACAAGGUACUUAAUGAUCACUGGGUAUCAGUCACCUCAGGGAGUGAGGAUUACUCAUUUAAACAUAUGCGGAAAAACCAGUAUGAAGAAAGCCUCUUUCGGUGCGAGGAUGACAGGUUUGAGCUGGAUAUGUUGCUAGAGUCCGUAAACGCAGCCAUCAAGUGUGUGGAAACUCUUCUGGAGAAGAUCAACAACAACACAAUCUCUAUAGAGACUCCAAUAUGUAUCAGAGAACAUUUAACAGCUCUAAACCUAAGAUGCAUUGAGCGGUUAUAUGGUGACUAUGGGCUUGAUGUCAUGGAAUUUUUGAAGAAGAAUGCUCAUAUUGCUUUGCCGGUGAUAUUAACUCGCUUGAAGCAGAAGCAAGAAGAGUGGGCGAGGUGUCGUUCUGAUUUCAAGAAAGUAUGGGCUGAAGUAUAUGCCAAGAACCACCAAAAAUCACUAGAUCAUCGUAGUUUCUAUUUCAAGCAGCAGGAUACUAAGAAUCUAAGUACAAAAGGUUUAGUGGCAGAGAUAAAAGAUAUCAAUGAUAAGAAGCAUAAAGAUGACAUGCUUCAUAAUUUUACUGCUGGGGCAAUGCACUCUUUGACCCCGGAUCUGGAGUUCAGUUAUACUGAUCCGCAAAUUCAUGAAGACUUGUAUCAGCUGAUCAAGUAUUAUUGUGAACAGAUAUCUGCAACCGAACAGUCAGAUAAAGUAAUGAAAAUAUGGAUAACUUUCUUGGAGCCCAUGUUUGGUAUUCCUUCCAAGCCUCAAGGUAAUGAGACGGUCACAGUAGCUGUCAAGUCCAAAGAACAAAACCCAGAACGGCAUGAUGCAUGUGCAGGAUUGAAGGAGGAUAACCCUCGUGAAAGUUCUUCUACGUCAAACUCUAAACAUUCAAUAUCUCCAAGGAAAUCAGCCAAAGAAAAUCCAAUAAAGCAACAGGGCUCUCUUGAUCGGGAUGUGUCAGUUCGUAUGGGAGAAGCUGCUCAACGGGAUAAGGUGCAGGGUGAUGCGGUUAUGACUAAUGAGGAUGGUCAGUCUUCAGCACUGGUUUCCACCAGCAAUGUUCCAAUAACAGAAGGCUUAAAGAAUCGUGGCCUUAACGAAACACUAGUGAGAGAACAUAAGAUCGAGCGAGAAGAGGGUGAAUUAUCUCCAACUGAAAGUUUUGAGCAAGACAGUUUUGAGGCUUGCGGAGAGAGUGGCCUUGAGCCAGUGCAGAAAGUCACUGAUGAUGCAAAAUGCAAUGCAUACCAACAAAGAUGUGAACAAAGAUGUGAAGGAGCAUGCUGCACUGAAGCUGGAGCAAAGGAUGCCAAUGAGAACAAUGAUACUACUCAUGAGUCACUGGAAAAUAAUCAGAAUGCCACUGGGAUUAUUAUUGCUUCAAGAACUAAGUUGGGUGGUGACAAUGCUUCCCCUGAAGAGCAUGAAGGAGCUGUGAACCAUGAUGAACAUGAUAAUGUGUGUGUAAGUGAAAACGAGGAUGUUGAGGGGACUAAUGCCCAUGACGGUGAAGAUGGUCCUCCAUCACCAUUUUCAGAUCGCUUUCUGCAACCUGUGAAGCCCCUUGUAAAAUAUGUAUCUGCAACACUGCAAGAUAGUACAAGUGGCGCCGGGACUGAUUCUCGAGUAUUUUAUGCAAAUGAUUCCUUCUAUGUGCUUUUUAGGCUUCAUCAAAUGUUAUACGAGAGAAUACAAUCAGCAAAGAUACAUUCGCAAAGGAAAUGGAAGGCCCCAGAUAACACAACUCCUUCCGAUUCUUAUGCCAGGUUCAUGGAUGCCUUCUAUAGUUUACUCGACGGCUCUAGUGAUAAUACAAAGUUUGAGGAUGAAUGCCGAUCGAUUAUUGGAGCGCAAUCAUAUGUUCUUUUCACAUUGGACAAACUAGUUCAGAAGUUUGUUAAGCAUCUUCAUGCAGUUGCCACCGACGAGACAGACACCAAGCUUCUGCAAUUGUACACAUACGAGAAUUAUAGAAAGCCUGGAAGAUUCUUCGAUGCAGUUUACCAUGAGAAUGUCCGUGCUCUCUUCCAUGAUCAGAGUAUAUAUCGAAUUGAAUAUUUGUCGACACAAACCUGCCUCUCAAUUCAGCUGAUGAACAGUGUGCGAGAUAGGCCUGAAGUUACUUCCGUAACUGUCGAACCGAGUUUUGCACAUUACCUGCAGAAUGACUUGCUGUGGCUCAUAUCUGAUGAAGAGAGGUCCGGACUAUUUCUGAAGAGGAAUAAACGGAAAUUAGUUGACAGCAAUGAAUCUUCGGAAACAUCUCGGGCAAUGGAAGGAGUGAAAAUUAUUAAUGGUGUGGAGUGUAGGAUAACUUGCAGUAAUUCCAAGGUCAGGUACGGACCAGAGACGGAAGAUCUUCUGUAUAGAAGCAAGAGAAGGAGAACGAACCCAGAUGGGUCUUGCCUUAACAUUUCCAAGACUUCCAGUAACGGUGGAAUCGCCAGACUAAGAAGAAUCGCGCAUUUGCGCAUAUUGCUCAACUGCAGAAUGCUUGCCUUGCCUUGAUAUGAGAGGUGCCCAAGUUUCUCGUGAGAUUUUUGGCUUAGAGCACAGAGGAGCAGUUGUUGAAUUGAACUUAUUCUUGGAUCUCAUAUGGCCAAUUUUGGUGUCUUGUUUAGAGUUUUUUUUAAGGGCAGUGCCAAAGUUGGGAGAUCCAUAAUUCAUUCUUUCAGUAGUUUAUUCAUUUUUUUUAAGAAAAAAACUUUAUUCA